GGUAAAACCCUGAGUGAAACGCGAGCGAUACGAGCGCUCCCAGGCUGCCAUCAACGGCUGGCUGAAGCGCGCCCGGCCGCCAUCUUGACUCCGGGCAGUGCCGUGAGGGAGCCGGAGCCAUCUUAGCCCGGGGCAGCCCGGCUGCGGCGGAGCGGGUCUGGCCCCGCCGGGACAGGGAACUCUGCGGGGUGCCACGGCCCGGCCGCCGCCGUCGUGAGGGGCUGAAGGGGUCGGGGCCCGGCUGGGGGGGUAAAGGGGCCGCGGGAUGUGAAAUAGGUGGGGUAUUUCUCCUGUUCUGGCGAGUGGGUUGACUUUUGUAAGGUGCCCGCCUGAGAUAAAGUGAUUCUGCUGUUACGUGAUGCUUCUAAAGUAGAAAAGAGACAACUUCCCGAAAACUUGUUCAUUUCUUCUUCCUCAGCAUUUAAGCAGCUGCGCAGUUACGUCUUCCUUUCCCUAGUACAGCUAAACUUCCAGCUGCCUGGACCCACGCUUUGGAGCAGCGUGGCAGGUGAAUGUGCAAGCUGAGCUGGGUGUAUCAGCUGUUAAGAAACAGCUUCGCUUUUACUCUUCCAGUCUGAUUUGCCUCAUGAAUUGGUCUUUGAAAGAUGAAGUUUUACCUUCAGUUUAUGUCAUGUAUGUUUCACAUAGUGCAAGUGAUCAGGAGUUUGGGAUUUUCGUAAAUUUCAGGGUGACUGCCAAGAAAAAGAUUUGGACAUCAUGUGUUGGACCGCAAAAUCUUUUAUCCGAGGGCUGAGCUUCAGUGUCAAAUACUGCUCUAAGGACAACCAUCUUCAAACAAUAUGUCUCUAUAGUAAAUUAAAACCAAAAAAAUGCCACAUCCUGGACUGGUCAGGAAGCACACGCAACAGCACUGUGCCACCUGGAAGCAUCCUGCCAUGGAGAUUCUUUUCCUGCAAGGAAGGGACAGAAAUCCCUUGCAAAAUAAAAAAAAUAGCAUCUAUAACAACACCAGAGCUUUUGUACAAGGAUCUUCUGAAGUCAGAGCAGAAAAACUGGAAUGAAAUUUCAGGAAGAUACAAAGCUAUGGCAGAAAGAAUUAAGAAAAAAAUAGAAGAAUUUCACAACGAGUAUACACUCAGUUCGGGAAGCCCACGGAUUAAGGUUGGAGAGAGUGUGUACUUUGAGGAGAAUGGAUGCAUAUUUCUUUCAAAAGCAGAUGCUGUAGAUGAAGGAAAAGUUCACAUUUUAUUCAGUGUUGAAGAUCUUGGCUUUUAUGAUGCCUUUAUUCAACGGAUCAGAAUUUCGCCAGACCAGAGAUACAUGGCUACCAGCUUAAAAAGUGAAAAUUCUGAAGAGGCAACCUGUGUUGUUAUGAAACUUGGUGAUUUCCCUGUCGUGGAAAAAGUCAUUCCAAAUGUAUUUAGUUUUGAAUGGGUUACAAAUGAUGUUUUGUAUUACACAAGUCAGAAGAACCUUAAAUGCCAGAAUGUGUUUAUGACCACUUUCACUAAGCAGAAACAUACUGAGCUGGUUUAUACAGAACAAGAUGCAAGAUUUUUUGUGGACAUAUACUGCACAAAAGAUAGACGUUUUCUCACUAUCAACAGCAACAGCAAGACAACCUCAGAAGUUUGGCUGGUUGACUGUAGACAUCCUUUUAAGUUACCUGUUCUCGUACAAGCACGAACAAAAGGUGUCAUUUACCACAUUGAGCACAGAAACGAUGAGUUGUAUAUUCUCACUACAUAUGGAGAACCUGCAGAAUAUAAGACUGAACAGAAGCAAAAAAACAACUUCUGCCCUGCCUGCUGUGUCUGUGCAGAGCCACUCCUUGUUCCCAAGCUCACUUUCAGCAAACUUUGGAAGGGGAGGCUGGAGAGACAUCAGUUGAUGAAGGCACCAGUAGGUUCCAGUGGCAUGGAGAACUGGCAGCUAGUUUAUGCACUGGAAGAGAAAAGCAAGCUAAUAGACUUGGAGAUGUUCAGUGAUCACUGUAUUUUGUUCCUGCAGAAUGCUGGUCAUCUCUACUUAAAUGUGAUUUCUUUUGUUUCACAUUCAGUUCACUCAAUACAGCUGCCUGCGUGGGCCUGUGCAUUUGAAUUGGAAUCCCAUCCUGAACAUACCACCAGCACUUGCUAUUUUCAGCUCACCUCCCCAGUACACCCCCCUAAGCGUUUUGCAUAUUCAUUUAAAGAAAAUAAUCUCAUUGAACAAGCUGUGCAAGAGGUACCAAUUAUUACCAACUGUCACACUAUACGUUUACUAGCUAAAAGCAAGGAUGAAACUUUGGUGCCAAUUACAGUUUUUCAUAAUAUGAAUUCUAAAGAGCUACACAGGAAACCACUUCUAGUUCAUGUAUACGGAGCUUAUGGCAUAGAUUUGAACAUGAGCUUUAAAGAAGAGAAGCUGUUGUUAAUUGAAGAGGGUUGGAUAUUAGCAUAUUGCCAUGUUAGGGGUGGAGGAGAGCUAGGCCAUAGCUGGCACAAAGAUGGAUGUCAGCAUAACAAACUCAAAGGUCUCCAUGACCUUAAAGCUUGCAUCAUGCUGCUGCACGAACUAGGAUUUUCUCAGCCAAAAUACACAGCACUAGCAGCUGCCAGUGCUGGAGGAGUUCUUGCAGGAGCCCUGUGCAACAGCGAUCCAGAACUUAUCAGAGCCAUGGUUUUACAGGCUCCUUUCGUAGAUGUUCUAAAUACAAUGAUGAAAACUCAUCUCCCACUGACAAUUGAAGAACAAGAAGAAUGGGGAAAUCCAUUAGUAGAUGAAAAAUGUAUGAAGUAUAUCAAAAGCUACUGUCCUUACCACAAUAUUAAGCCACAGUAUUAUCCUUCAGUUUUUAUAACGGCAUAUGAAAACGAUCAGCGAAUACCACUAACAGGAGUUCUACGGUAUGUUCAGAAACUUCGGAAGGCUGCACUAGAUCAUGCCGGCAGAACAAAAAAGAAAGGAAAUUGGAUCCCUAAUAUCGUCUUAGACAUCCAGGCAAAUGGCAGUCAUUGUGACUCAUCUUGGGAGGAUUCACUAAAUGAGGUUGCAAGACAGCUUGCUUUUCUGAAAAAAGAACUUGAGGAUGUGUGAUAUGCCUCCAACAUUACAUCAAGUCCUGCAAAUAGCUGAUAAGCACAUCAACUACCUGAAGAAGUUUGUGUCAGAUUUUUAUUUAUAUGAAAAUGAACACCUUCUCCAGAUGGAUACCUGCUCUGUGAGCAUAAGCAGACCAGAAAUUCAAAGGCAAAGUUGGGCGUGACAUUGCUUUAUAAACAUAUAAACUCAGCUAAAUUUCUCCAAAUGAUACAGCAGUGCCUGCUUUCUUGUACCGUUCUGUUCAUAAGCAAAGCGUACAGCACUAUACAAGUGGAGCAGUAGUGCAAAACAGCUUGUGCUGAAAGCUUAAGGUAUGAAGACAUCCACUUUUUAUGGGCAGCCUUUCCAGUCUAAGACCUCUCUUCCAAGACCAAAUUUUACACAAGGCAGUAAUUCUCCCACACAGUUGUAUUUGAUUAAAAAGUCUCAAUAAGUUCUUCUAAAACUAUAGGUAAUGAUGAUUAUUGCCCUUCCCAGCUACACAGCAGCCAGAGAGUGCUGAUCAUAUAGUGGGGUCAAACAGACUACAAAGAAAAAAUGGACUCUCAAGAACAGGGAUUUAGAAGUAGCAGAACUCUUUCAGCUGAGUAGAUCUGAAAUUUUGCAAUGGCCUUAACUAGCAUGGUAAAGGAGGUGCCAAAGUCCUUCCAGAAGACAACACAAAUGAACACCCCAGAAGGAGAGGCCAGAGUCUCUCCAGAGGAGAGAACAAAAAGAAUGCUCCCAUUGGAGCAGCUUGAUGCAUAGCUUUCAUAAUUUCUGAGCAAGGCAGUCUUGCACAAGAGUGCUACUCAUUGUUUGGUAAGACAGACGCAUUGUACAUUUUCAGAGCUUUUAAGAGCUGAGAGAAGAGGGGAAGAGGUAAACCAUCAGAACAUUAUAUACUACUAAUCUAUCUUGCUUUUACCUGUUUCAACAAAUACAGAGCCAUCCCUGUGUAAAGCUCAUUCUAAAGCUACAGAUGUAAAAAUAACUAAAUAAAAAUGUCAACUGCCACAGGCUCCAGAUUCUCAAGAGUACUUCACUACCAGCAACUGUUAAGGGGCAGCACCCAGGAAGCUGUUCCCAUUCUUCACACACACUUAAACAGGAUAGUCUUUUAGGGCAUUUACUUCUCUCCACAGACCCAAUGGGGGUGUCUAAAUAGCUAUCGUUGUUUAUACCAUACCAGUGUUUCAUUACCAAUACAGAUACAAGACAAUUAGGUAUUAAUUUCAUUUUUCAGGCUGUUUAUUUUGUACACAAAGCAAGUUUGAAAAGCCAAAAAAAGAGACAGAUUUUCUUCCCAUUCUUUGAAAUCAGCAUUUUCUAAACUAACAUGAAAACUUGGUUAUUGUACUCUUGCACUUAACAGUUCACAUAGAGUAAAUUAAAGGCACUGGAAUAACAAGCUUUUUCUGCCACAAAACAGUUGUCUUGAAAAGCCUCCAUAGUAUGAACAGGUUUUCCUGUUUUAUAUUCAAGGACUAGGCCUUCUCCCGCUUCAGUUUUAAUUGUGUUGGUAUUGACAGCUUUACCAGUAUUGCUAAAAUUGGUACUUAGUCUUAUAGUAGCUACCGAGGGAAGACUAGGAACUAUAGCUUUCAGGUCUAUUGUCGAUUCCUGUCCAAAAUUGAGAACCAUCAUAAAGACUCUAUCUAACCCAUCCAGUUCCCUCACAUAGACGAAAACAUUACUGUCAUUCCAGAUGUAGCACAUCCACCCCCGAUGAAUGGGCAGCUCAUUGUUGCGAAGUAACGUUAGCUCUCUGUAUAAGCUCAGGGUUGAGUUGGACCAGGUCAUCUGUACCUGCAACAAAGUCAGCAUUAAUGGGGUUGUUUCUUCCCACCGAAUGGAGGAGAUAUUACUUCCUUCACACCUACACAGUCUGCCAAGAACGUGCAUAUUAAAAUUCAGUUUUGACAAUUAACUCUUCAAAUUUGUCUGCUAAUUCCACUGAAAAACUGCUUUUUCUCCUGCACUUUCUUGGGAUUCACGCAGUGGCAGAGAUGGAGGUUAUUUGGCAGGACAGAAUUCCCCUGUCAGUGACGCUACUUCUACCUCCCCAGGUGUCCUUUUGAGUAUUUAUUUUUUAUUCCGCAGAAAGCCAUAGCCAUUAAAAGCUUGACAGUGAACUUUUUUCAUUGAGUCUGAUCUACUGAAAUCACAGAAUUUAUUUCCUAUUUUAUUUUUUUCCUGUCUUUGAAUCAUAUUUUUGUCUUCAGUUCUGAUCAGCACUGUAGAUCAGCAAAAUCUAUUUGAUCCACUGCUCAACUCCUUUGAAAAAUUUAUUUACUUACAUUAGAGAUGGUCUAUAUUAAGUUCUUGUUACAAGGAUGGUGCUCUAUAUAUUAAUAUAAACAAAGGCUGGAUUUCAGUUUAAUGCUAAAAUGAUUAAAAGGAUGUUAAAAGCCACCCGUACAUUG